UUCGUCCUCCACUAUCCCACAAUGCCCUCCUCCACGAAUCAGUAAAUUGCGCAUGCGCCCUACCAAAGCCCUCUUUUUCGCUGCACCUCUUCUGCUGUAAUGGCCAAGCGCACCAAGAAGGUGGGGAUUGUGGGGAAGUACGGCACCCGUUACGGGGCCUCCCUCAGGAAGAUGGUGAAGAAAAUCGAAAUCAGCCAGCACUCUAAGUACACCUGCUCUUUCUGCGGAAAGACCAAGAUGAAGAGGAGGGCUGUGGGCAUCUGGCACUGUGGUUCCUGCAUGAAGACUGUCGCUGGUGGCGCCUGGACAUACAACACAACGUCUGCAGUCACAGUGAAGUCUGCCAUCAAGAGACUGAAGGAGUUGAAGGACCAGUAAACUGGGACUUUGUUUUUGUACAGAUAACAAAAUCUCCUUGGACUUAAAUGAUAUUGAAAUGUGAUCAAAAGUAACAUCCCACAAUAAAUUGGUCUGGAGCAGGA